GCGGCCAGCCAGCCAUGUCGUCCCCUUCCUCCUCCAGGCGCCAGUGGUGCUACCUGUGCGACCUGCCAAAGAUGCCGUGGACUGUGGUGUGGGACUUCAGCGAGGUGGUCUGCCGGGGCUGCGUGAACUACGAGGGAGCGAACCAGAUUGAAUUCCUUAUAGCGAGUGCCCGACAGCUGAAGCGGACUCACGGCAUGCAGGACGGGAAUGUCAGGUCACCUGGUCCCUCACCCAAUAAACACGGCACCUCAGCCCGGGGAGAACCGGCGGACGGAGGCAGGCCGCACAGCGACCGCUUCGAGCGGGGAGGAAGGGGAGAUAACGCCGCUUCAGCUAUUCGUGUGCCGCCUAACGGGCUGCAUCGUGACGGGCAACCGCCUCCAGAGGUGAACCGGCAGAGCCCCAGCAGCAGCCGGAGACCCAUGCUCGGUGCCGCCAUCCCCCCCAGUCUAGUGACUCAAAGCAUUGCAGGGAUUCCUCAUGGGCUGCUGGCGGGGAUGCCGGCGGGUCUGACAGCCAGGACAGCCCCUAUGAGCACUCCCAUGAUCUUCCCUGCGCCGGUGCUGGCCGAGAUGAGCCGCAGGCAGCUGGGUCUGGGGAUGAGCAUAUCGCCCUUUAUCACUCCAGAGCUGGAACGGGAGCUCAGUUCAUCCCAGAACCAGCCCAAGACCCAGACUCAGGCUCACACGGCUGUAGCUGGAAGCAGCACCAGCAAAAGCACAAGUCUGGCGUCUUCAUCCUUCUCCAUGGCUGGAGGCGUGAGCCAGACAAGUCCCAAGCCUGCCUCAUCUCCAGCCAGGCAGCCGCGGCCCCUGACCUCCAGGUCUGGAGGGGAGCCCCUGGGAUCCAGCACCUCAGCGGAGGCGGCCACCACCGCUGCAGCGUUGCCCCACAGCGGUGCCUCUGAGCUGGGAUCAGCAUCUGCCAACAGCACCCACUCAACUGGAAACACUCUGUCCUGCACCUUGUGUCACGAGAGGCUCGAAGACACACACUUUGUUCAGUGUCCAUCAGUGCCGGGGCAUAGGUUCUGCUUCCCGUGCACCAGAGUGUACAUCCAGAGUCGGCGAGGUGAUGGGGAGGUCUACUGCCCCAGCGGAGAGCGCUGUCCAUUGGAUAACUCCCCCAACAGUCCCCCUUGGGCCUUCAUGCAGGGAGAGGUCUCCACCAUACUGGGUACCGGUGGAGCGGGAGCAGGAGCUGCAUCAGCUGCUGCAUCUGGAGCCGGUUCAGGGCCUGGAGCUGCAGCUGCAUCUGGGGCACCGAGCGGAGCAGCAGCAGCUUCAUCAUCAGCAGCAGCAGCUGCAGCAGCAGCAGCGUCUGGAACCGGGGCUGGAAGCGGAGAUGUCACUGUCAAGAAAGAGAGGGAGACGUGAUGAUGAUUUCCACGGAAACGAGGACCCAACACAGUAACAGAAUCGUAUCCCACCCCAGAAGGAGAUGUCUGCACUGGACUGCUGUGAGAACCAACGCAGCAUCCAAUCAGAAACCUCCAUUACGCAGGUCUUAACUCCACCGACUCACAGAACAGUUUCCCUAUCAGACUCCACCAGAUAUCUGAAAAAAGCUACAGACUGCCUUCACACAGCAUCUCUUUUUUGUUUUGGUUUUUUACUUUCCUUAAGCAAUGACUGACGUUGCCAACUUUUUUUUGUUCUGACGUAAUGAGAAGGUGAAAUUGUACUUCAGUAAUCACAUUGAAUUUCACAGCAUUGUAAACUCAAAAGCUCUGACAAAACGGUCCGAAGACAGCGGUUAAUGAGAGUGAGAAUACAGAGUAAAGAAUCAGAUCUUCAGGACCGAUGAACAGCUGAACUGUGGCUACUUCUUCAGAGUUAGUAGUGAUUUUUUGUUUUCAUUUGAAACAUUGAUCAGCACUACACAAAUUUCAUUUAAAAUUUUAACACUGUCAGAAUAACUGAUGUUUAAUCACAGGAAAAGCCUUUAAGAAACACAUACAAGAGUGUUGAACUCUGAAAAGUUUCUAUUUGUCAGAUGGUCACCAGUAUAUUAACCUUCUGAACCUAAAACCCAACAGUGGGUUUAAAAGAUGCUAUCUAUAAAAAAGAAAUCACCAAAAUUACAACACGGAACAGAAGUCUAAUGGCAAAAGAGUUGUCAGAUCUGCAUAUCUAAGCUUAAAAUUUUGAUCCAGAUGACUUUCCUUUUGUAUGUCUCAUUCAAAAAUUGUGCAAAAUAAACCUCCUGCAGUAAUCGCAUUUUGCAAAAACAAACAACUUGUAGCACAACAGAGAAUCCACGACUGACCAACAGUCACGUGACAAAAAUUCAGGGAUCUUUCAGCUGAACUGCAGGAAGUGUUUCCACAGAGCAGAUAUGGGGGGGGGGAGUUUUGAAACGAAUUCAAAUAAAAUUCCAGCAUUGACAACACCUGUUUGCAUGUUUUAAUUCCAGAUUUUUUUCAUUUUGUGUGUCGAGACGAUUCAAGUUUUGUUGUUUCUGAUCCAAAUUUUUGGUGAUUUAUGGCAUUUAAAUUUUCACAAAAGACAUUUUUGAGUUCUCUCUGCUACUAGCCAUGUUGUGCCAUAAUUAUAGAGGUGCAGGACUUUAUAUUGGUGUGAAAAAUGAGCCCACAAUGACUAAAAAUGCCCAGAAAUAGAGAGUUAAUAUAUAAAUGCCAUCAGUUUUAUUUGAUAAAAAUAGCUAGCAAAGCAGCUUGUAAGCAAACCUGAUGUAGGAGUGUUUAUCGUUUCAUAUUAUCCUUCUUAAACUCGGAGACAGUAGCCACGGUCCAGUGUUUGAUGUCAGUAUGUUUUGGUAAAUAUAUCCUCCAACAGAAGCCACAGUUGUUCAGUAUCUUUUUAACUGUUGCUCAUCGUCUCGGCCAAAAUACGUUUUCAGGAAACGGCUGUCAUGAAUUUGACAGGUGUGAUGGCAAAGUGUACCUUGGUUUAAUCCAGAUUUAUUUGUUUUUGUUGUUUCGUGACUGAAUCUGUGUCGCGCUGCACAGAUUUUCUUUUUCAUUUACGUGAGAAAACUUCUCCUUGAAAUCAGCUGAACAUGCAAACCGACAUGAAAUGUGGACAGGAUGCCGGUAGUGACGUAUAUUUGGUCAGCUUUAAAAAAACAAAACAAAACAAAAACAAACAAACAAAAAAGCUGACUGCGACUCAGAGAACGGAGAAUGUUUGCAUCGACCAGCCACACAGAGACUCUGUCCGACUGUAUUUAAACGUUGCUUUCAUACCAGAUCCAGCCCAGCCUACGCUUUACCCCGAAUGUAUAUUAAAAGAUAUGUAUUGAUAGGCCUAGGACUAUAUUUUAUACUAGAAUGUUCAAUGUUAUAUACUGUAAAGAACUGUAAUAGUAUGUACGUGCAAUCCUUAGUCAUAGUAUAUGCAACAGUUUGACAUAUGUAAUGAAAAACAAUAUCAUUUCUUAAACCUUUUGUUUUUUUUAAAGUGAGAAUCCACCUAAAAGCAGAAACAGAUCUUUUCAUUUCCACUCAAAGUGGACGAAACAAAUGCGCAUCUGACGUAUGCGAUCCUAUUUCUGGUAUUUUCUUAGACUUUAUUUGCUCGACGCAUUAAAAAACAAACAAAUCAGGGAUUAAUUUAGCUCCUAAAUUGAACAAUCCAACAUUUAUGUUGUUUUUCGGGGGAUUCUCUCUUUAUGUGCCGUUUGUACUCAUCAGUGCAGAAGCACACACGAACCAAAGGUCAUUUUAAGCCCAAACUGAUGUUUCUGGAUGUAAAUGUUAUAUGGGGGGAAAAAGAAAAAAAACAACUAUAUAUUGCAUUAUUUCUUGGCCAGGUCUGAAGCAGCCUGUUUUCUUCAUCAAGCCAGUUUACAGGCCCACGUGUUCUACUGUACUUCUGGGAUUUUUUGUAGUCUGUAGUGUUGAGCGGAUGCUUCAACAGGACUUCUGUACUAAGAGAAUAUCCCACAGAUCAGGUCUGUAGUAGAGAAGCGUCUUUGAAGAAGUGGAAUCUAAGUAUAAUAUGCACUGAUACGUCAUGCAAUCCCUUGUUUAAGUGCCUUUUUAAAAUGUUUACCAUCUGUUUGUGUGUCUGGGAACCUCAGGGGAAGUAGGAGUGCAAUGGCUUCUUUAUUGUCCCGUCAAUGAUUAACCUGAAUCUGUUACCCUUCCGUCGCCAUCACCACGGCUUCUCUUUUGCUUUUAUCUGAAGCCUUUUUAAACCCCGACUGGCCGUUCAUUGUUUUUUCCGGCGUCCCUCUCUUCGCAUCGGGUUUCUUUGAUGUUUCGUAGAUCUGUUGGUUUUAUCGCAGCUUCAUGUACAAAAUAAAAAGCAGGAAUAAAUGGGAUGGAAACUCAUA